CAGUCAGUCAGUCAGUCGCAGUCGGCGAGUCGUAGCGCUGCGCGUUCUUCCUUCUUUUCUGUUUUUUUUUUUUAUUUUUUAAAUUUCUUCUAUCCUGUGCGAUGUUUUAAUUUAGUGACCAAGAAGAAGCUUGAUCGAAGAGGCAUUUGUUAUCGUCCCAAAGGGAAUUAUCGUAUUUCCGGAGGAACGCGACAUGUGAUCCGGUCACGCCGGAUACAAUCAUUGAGAUUCUUCGACAAGAGUGAUGAUGUAACGGGACUUUCGCUGUCGCUGCGGUGAGGCAACAAUGUCCACACAAUGCAAUCGGUUCGUGCAAAAUGCCUGGAAGAAGGAGCUCUGUUCCAACUGCUUCAAACCGAAAGAGGAACAUGUGACGGCCGACGAUGUUUUGCGACUAAACGUCGAAAAAGCCUCCACGAAUCUGAAGAUCAAUCGUCUUCAACUUCAGAGUAUCCUUCGCGGUAAGGCGAUUUGCCGAAAGGAUCAGCGGAAGAAGAACGUCGGAUUUCCGGAAUCUCUUACGGAAAUAAUUGGUUACGGCGGCGAGGACUUUUCCGAUGGCGAGGAGGACAAGGACGGAUCGACCGACUCUUCGAUGAAGCCGGAAGACUUGGUGCCUGACAGCGAGGAAGAACGCGCGUUGUUCGAUCUAACUCGCGCUAACACGAAUUUCAACACGAUCACCGCGAAUUUGACAGAACUCGAGAGCAACGGGAACACGACAGAUUCGACCAAGUCGUCGACGACGACAACAGCUAAGUCCUUCGCCUCCCUGAUGCUAGGUAAGAUACAAAAAGACGCCGAUGGUAGGAAAACGACUCUUUUAGUGUCCGUAACGCCUUUCGGCGGAGACGAAUCUGUGCCAACCGCCAAAAGACCCGUCGAUCGAAAGAUCAACGCCGUUAACUCGCAACCAAGUCCGUUCAGACUCAAAUCCGACGAGGGAUCAUCAUCGGAUCACAUCGACGUGAAGAAACUCAACGGAACGGAGAGAAAAAAGAUCAGCGAGCAAGAGCAAAAGUCUUCUUCUUCGGAAUUGGGAAAGAUCGUGGAUAUGCCAUUGAUUCCUUCCGCAAAUAUGAUCGCGGUUAUACGUAAGGAAAGCUCGACGCCCAAUUCUGUCAUUACGAGCGCGGAGAAAAAACUAGAGAUGACAACGCACAAGUACUCGCUCAAUUGCGACGGCAAUAAGAAAAACCCCGUUCCCGUUAACGGUGUUUUAACGACGAGAAAGACCGAAGUCGAAAUGUCAAGGAUACCCGCGCGGUCCGGAUCGAAUAAUAACGACGUGGGGGAAAGCGAUUGUGCAAACAGAACGGUCACGUCGAAGAACGGCGAAUGUUUCUCACAAAAUGACAAGACGGACGAAGGUAUUGAACUCACUUUGACGUCUCUGAAGAACGAGAAAACGUUCGAGAGCAACGAUCGUUCGGUGAACACUGGCGAGAAGAACGCAGCAAAACCCGUCGACAAUAGCAAGAACAUUACGUCGCCGCGACAAAUCGAAUGCACAGAGAUCAUAGAGGAGAAGAAAUUCUGUUUCGAGAUCAGUCGGGAGCUCGCUGGCGAACCGGAUGGAAAAGCGGACGAAGCGGAAAUUACCGAACCGCCGGCGUUACCGAACAGUCCACCGCCGGUUGUGACCACGGAACCGAGGCCAUCUUUUCUACACGGUAACGUUAACAACGAUCCGAAAGCGAAACCCGCUGUGCCGCAGAAGCCUGUGAUCUUGUCGGCAACCAAGACAAUAUCGAACCCCAAGACGAGUCCGGUCGUUGUCGAAAGAAUUUCUGAUUACGUGCCACCACCGCCGUCGGUUCAGAAUGUCGCCGGCAGAUCCGUUCAGAAUUCAGUCGCGAAAGAAGCAGAAUCUCGACAACAUUCGACGGAAACAAACGUCUCGAACGAGGCUCCGUUGGAAGCCGAUCAAACCUUUCCAACUCAAAACGUGGAAUCGGAAAAUCAAAGAAAAAUGUUAGCAAGAUCCAGUUUUUUACCGUUGUCCGCGUCCUUGAGCGCGACGCUGGUUCCGACGAGAGAUCGCUCAACGGAAAAUGGAGAAAUAGACGAAGACGUUUCGCCGGACGAAGAGUUUCCAGAAAUUGCUCCCGUUUCGGUAUCCACGAUGGAGCUCGUACGCUCGCCGAACAAGAGAAGAAUGGCUCCGCGACCACCGGAGGAAGAUCUACCGGUCUCGUCUUUGUUCGCUCGUAAUCCAGGAGCAUCAAAUCUGAAAUCUGACUCGCCGGUUGUGCGCGAGAAAGAAAAGAGAGAGAGAUCGUCCUCGUGCAGUCCGAAGUUUCGGAAAGCGGUCAGCGACGUGCCGGAUCCAACGAAUUCAACAAACAAGCAACCCGUCGAAUCAACUGCGAGAAGAACGAUAUCCCUGUCGCAGGACAGUCUGACGACCGAGAAAGAAGUGCGGGGAGAGAAAAAGAGAAGCAGAAAUCGAAAGGGUUUCUCUUUGAAGAGAUUUCUAAGAAUGGGUUCGAGAAAGGACAUGGACAUGAUGACCGGUCAGACGUCGGGUGCGAAGACUGACGAAAUACCAUCGACGCCUCAACCGAAACCACGACUGGAGAUCAUUCAUCCGCUGGAAUUGGACGGUGCCGCGGUUGAGGUGGUGGGAAGCGAUCGGAUUACCGCAAAAGUCGGCGAUGACCAGACGGAUUCCGGUGCCAAGAAUGACGGAUCGAAAAUGACACGAUUUCCUUCAUCAUCCACGACGAGGCCUGGAAAACCACCUCCGCCGCCGAGAAACCAGUCCCUGGAAGAUUGGUCCAAGACGGAUUCGGCGAAUAAACCGGUCAGACCGCCGCCGCCGCGCGCCGAGCUCAACAAGCUGAACGUCGCUUCCUCCAGAAGCGACAAAAUGUCGUCGAAAACCACCUGGAGACCGACGACCGCGACGACCUCGGACUCGAUUUAUGCGAAUCUGGCAGCGGAGGAUGUUACAGGUGAGGUGCGCAGCGCUCUAGCACCUUCGAAACCCCAACGUACCGCUAGUAUGAGAGACCGAGCUGUUUUUCAACCUGUACCGAAACGGACGCAUUCGGCAACGUCAGAAAAUCAGUAUCAAGAUUACGACGCAACCGUACGACGAACUUCCGACUCGCCGACAUCCAAUGACAGUCACGUGUACGAGUGUCUCUCAAGUUCGCCCGAAUGCGAUUCCAAUAUCGAGUUGCGACACGGAGGCGGAGGUAGAUUUCGCACCGCUUGCAAAAGGAAGUCCGACAGUAGCGCAAUGGGCGGAGACGGAGGAGAGAAACAUCAUCAUCAUCAUCAUCAUCAUCAUCAGCAUUCGUUCGUGAGAUCGAUCUCGUUGCCGUACUGCGGCAGCGAGACCGAGAGCGAACUUUACGCGUCUUACAGUUUUUACACCGGCGACGAGGGUGCCGAGGAGGAUCAAGAUUGGAAAAAUCGCGACGACGAGCCGAAAAUGGGCCGCUUGAGGCAACGAAGAGGACGCACGGUUGUUCAUCGUAGUCUCGAGGAUAAUUACGGAGCGGUGGUUGUGGCGAAUCACGAGGCGCUCGCCCAAUUUGUCGAGCAGACCAUCCAGUUGCCGUCAGGUUUGCGCGGUCUCAAGAACACGAAUCCGCAGUUGAAGCACUUCAACAUCGAUGCUUCAGCGUCGAUUUCCGUAGGCAGAAGAUUGUUUUGUCCAGCGACGUGGAACGAUCAAAACGUCACUCUGUGCAUAGCGUUCGACAUAGCCGUGCCGAUGCCGCAGAGAGAUUUUUAUCUGACACCUGUGAUAGAGUUCGUGGACACGGUGCCAAAGAAGAUAAUCGAAAAGGUUCGACCGUCGAGGAACGAAAACGCCGAAGCGACAAUUUCGGUUCUCACGUGUUCGCACGUGACUACGAUACAAUUGUUCGGAGAUAUGUUGAAAAAUAUAAACAACGAGAGCGCAAAUAAGGAAGCGUCAUUCGUGCUUCUUCAAUUGGUCAACGCACUGAAGAGUCUUCAAGCGCGCGGAAUCGAAUACGCCAGCAAAUCUUUAAAUGACGUUGUCCUGUGCAGAGAAGACGUUUAUUAUCGGUUGUACCUUCUGCAAGGAAGAUUAAACAUAGACCCGAGUGAUGAACCCAGUGAGGAACGGGUGUCCCUUUGCGAGUGCGCUCUAUUAGCACUGCAGCAAAUGCACCUCGCGAAUGAAUUCCCUCUUAUACGAGAUCUACUGAUACGCGAAAAGGCGGUUACACUCUCGCAGGUGAAAUCUGUGUUGGAAUUUGUUCUGUGGGGUCCGGCGGACGUGCCUCUCGGCGGUCCACGGGAGAGAGAAGUGGCGCUUCAAAGAUGGCUUGAUUUGGAAAGAGCAAACGUACUUCACGCUCUUGUCAAAACAAAGGUAGCUUUGACCGUAAUAGACGAAUAUCAGUUGUUGUUCUUGGUACGGACCACUGGAAAAAUUAUGAGCGAAGCGUCGAUGCUUCUGGACGAACACCGCAAUCGCUCGGCUCAUAAAUACUGAUGUACGCGUGUGAUCAUCAUUACAUAAUUAAUAAAUAACAUGUUGCAUUCCGGGGAAAAAAGUCCUUCAUACGCAUUCAAAUUCUAUGUGAUUGUGUUAUAUAAUUAAAUAUAAUCAUAUAUGAGACUGAGAGACGAUCUUAUAUAUAUAUAUAUAUAUAUGUAUACGAUGAUAUUUAAUCACACUAAUGUAAUAUUUGUUCACAUAUGUACGAAGAAGGAAUUUUUUUCCCCAAAAAGCACACAAGUACCGGAAUUAAGAGAAAUUUAACAUUUAUUGACAGUCACUCGCAAAUUAACUUUUGACAAACAUAUAGCGAAGCUCUUUUCUGUAUCUAUUAUAUCGACAUUUUUUUUUUUAAAUAAGCGUUGUUUCAAAAGAGAGAGUCGAACAAAUGUAUUUAUAAUCUAUACGUGCUAACACGAAAUUAAACGUAAUAUGUUUUACCGGUGAGAUAACUGUAAAUAUAUAUAUGUUUUAUACUCGCGCAGAAUAUCUCGGUAUAAAGUGCACAUCUUUAUGAAUAAUUUUUUCACACCCGUUCAAACUUUUGGGAUUUCUCUUCGACGUAGAAACGUGCCAAUUGCUCAAUCGAAGUGUGUGAUUUUACGUGUACGUAUAUAUGCUCGAUGUUCUAAAGAUACGUCUCUAUUUUCUUAGAACGUAUGUCUUUAGAGAAUAUUAUUUGUAUUUUACAUCGUUAUCUCUAUCUCAAGCAAAAUGUAACACUUAUUUUUAUAAAUAUUUAUAAACAUUCUACACUGUAUAGAAAUAAACAAACACACAU